CCCUCGUCUCCUCUCCUCUUCUCUUCCCGGCGAAGCCACGGCCGGCUUUCUCCCCCACCUCGCCUCCCCUCCCCGUCCCCGCGGUACGGACGGAUUCACUCUCCCCGCCUCGUGGAGCAGGUCUCAUUCCACCGGCCGGCCUCCAUACGCAUCUCGGUUUCGGAAAUCGAAUCGAAGAAGAUCAACCGUGUUGCUGGGGCCUAGUGUCAACUACGGUUUUUAAGAGCCUUUUGUUAUCUGUUCUCCUGACUUUCUGACCUCUAAUGGGAUGGGGAAACGUCUUAACCAGGCGCCUCAAAGUUUUUUCCAUGGCCUUGUUUAUAUACUUCGACUACAAGGCAGUUCAGAAGAGAGUUAAAUGGGUUACUACCAGUAAAAAGGAUGCUAUAUGGACAAAAACACAUGAGCGAAAUGCUCGUCGUGUUCUCAGCCUGAUGAUAGAGUUAGAGGGUUUAUGGGUGAAGCUAGGACAAUAUUUGUCCACAAGAGCAGAUGUUCUUCCUGAACCCUACAUAAAUGUCCUCAAGCAACUGCAGGACUCACUUCCUCCUCGCCCUAUUGAAGAGGUUCGUGGAACCAUAGAGAAAGAACUUGCAAAACCCAUGAAUGAUCUGUUUUCUAAUUUUGUGCUGGAUCCACUAGCAACUGCAUCAAUAGCACAGGUACAUCGUGCAACUCUUGUAGAUGGCAGAGAAGUGGUUGUGAAAAUCCAACACGAUGGUAUCAAAGAGAUCAUAUUAGAGGAUUUGAAGAAUGCAAAAUCCUUAAUUGAAUGGAUUGCAUGGGCAGAACCUCAGUAUGAUUUCAAUCCAAUGAUCGAUGAAUGGUGCAAGGAGGCACCAAAGGAACUUGAUUUCAACCAUGAAGCAGAAAACACAAGAGCUGUCUCCAGGAAUCUUAGUCGGAAAACUGGAUGUGAGAAUGGUGGUGUUUCUGAUGCUGUGGACGUACUUAUUCCAGAAGUUAUUCAGUCAACCGACAAGGUUCUAAUUUUGCAAUAUAUGGAUGGGAUUCGUUUGAAUGACAAUGAUUCAUUAGAGGCAUAUGGUGUUGAUAAGCAAAGACUUGUGGAGGAGAUAACCCGUGCAUAUGCUCAUCAAAUAUAUAUUGAUGGCUUCUUCAAUGGCGAUCCUCACCCUGGCAAUUUUCUUGUUAGCAAAGAACCUCCAUACAAACCAAUUCUCCUUGACUUUGGGCUCACUAAACGCAUAUCUCCAUCAAUGAGGCAGGCAUUAGCAAAGAUGUUUUUGUCAUGUGCUGAGGGUGACCAUGUGGCACUGCUGUCAGCCUUUGCAGAGAUGGGGCUUAAGCUGCGGGUCGACAUGCCUGAGCAGGCUAUGGAGAUCGCCACGAUAUUUUUUCGGCAGUCUACUACAGCAAAUGAAGCAAAGGAGAACAUAAAGACAUUGAAUGACCAAAGAGAACGUAAUGUCAAGGCCCUUCAAAAAAAGAUGAAAUUGAAUAAAAAGGAGGUUCAACGUUUCAACCCUGUUGAUGCCUUCCCUGGUGAUGCGAUUAUAUUCAUGAGGGUCUUGAAUCUUCUUAGAGGGCUGUCAGCAUCACUAAAUGUUAGGAUAGUUUAUCUAGAUAUCAUGAGGCCAUUUGCUGAAUCAACUUUGCUAGGGAGUAUGGCGCGUGGGCCUACAACUAACAGUCAGUGGAUUCAUGACUCACCUGUUAACUCUGAGGUGGAGUCUAAACUGCGAAACCUUUUGGUUGAGUUGGGAAGUAACAAAAUUUUAGGAAUACAAGUUUGUGCUUAUAAAGAUGGAAAGGUCAUAAUUGAUACUGCUGCUGGUAUGUUAGGGAAGUACGAUCCACGUCCUGUUCAACCUGAUUCUCUCUUUCCCGUUUUCUCAGUGACAAAGGGUAUCACUGCUGGAAUGGUGCAUUGGCUUGUUGACAAAGGGAAGUUGAAGUAUGAUGAGACUGUUGCCAAUAUAUGGCCAAAUUUUGGAACUAACAGAAAAGAACUAAUAAAGGUCCAUCAUCUUCUGAAUCAUACAUCUGGUUUACAUAAUGCAUUGGGAGAUGUGAUGAAGACUGAUCCUUUGUUGGUAUGUGACUGGGAAGAGAUGCUUCACCAGAUUACCAAGUGUACACCUGAAACAGAACCAGGUUCAGCACAAAUUUAUCACUACUUAUCCUUUGGUUGGCUAUGUGGUGGAAUCAUAGAGCAUGCGUCAGGGAAGAAGCUUCAAGAGGUCCUAGAAGAGGCUAUUGUUCAUCCUCUUCACAUUGAGGGGGAGCUAUAUAUCGGCAUUCCUCCAGGCGUCGAAUCUCGAUUGGCGGCACUGACAGUCGACAUGGAGGAGCUUGAGAAGCUAUCAGGAUUCAGGGCAGGACCAGAAGUCCCACAGGAGUUGCUGAGCAAUGUCGCCCAGAUGGCCACCGGCCUGCCUGUCCUCUUCAACACGCUCAACAUUCGCCGUGCCAUCCUCCCUGCUGCCAAUGGCCACUGCUCAGCGCGCGCCCUCGCGCGGUACUACGCGGCGCUCGGUGCAAGCGGCCAUGUUCCUCCGCCGCACUCCGGCAGCUCCAAGCCACCGCUGGGCAGCCAUGUCCACACGCCCAAGUUCCCUACCAUGCAGUCCAAGAAGAAGAAGAAGAAGGGAGCUUCAAAGAAAUGCAGCAGCGACUCCGAGCAGAACGGCCAUGACGCGAGCCUUACUGACAAGGACGGGUACACCCAGCUCCGCACCAGCGACGGCGACGAGGGAUCGAUGGCGUCGGCGAUGUCCGGCAGCGGCAGCAGGAUGUUCAGCGACGGCGCCAAGAUGCUCGACGCCUUCAUGGGCGUCGGCGACUUCUCCGGCAUGAUCCACCCGAACGGCAAGUUCGGGCUCGGGUUCAGGAGGUACGGCGACGGCGGCAAGGCGAAGGCGACGUCGUCGACGUUCGGGCACUCCGGGAUGGGCGGGUCGACGGGGUUCUGCGACGUGGAGCACGGCCUCGCCAUGGCCGUGACGGUGAACAAGAUGUCACUCGGCGGCGUCACGCGGCGCGUGGUCCGGCUGGUGUGCGAGGAGCUGGGCGUGCCCGUGCCCGACGAGUUCUCCGUCGCCGGCGACAAGGGCCCCGACAUGGUGCUCAACCUCGCGCCGCCGGAGUAAUUAACCUACCAUGAUAGUGCACGUUUGCACGUACUGACAUACACACACAUGUAGCAGCUAGCUAAAGACCAAGAGUAAAUUGAUGAUCACAUACGUACUUGUGAUGUCAAACGAGCUGAAAAAAAAUGUUCUUUUCGUGGAUAAGUAUACUAUAUACAGUAUGUUACUGAUAUAUAUACAUAUAUAUACUCCAGAUUAUAUACAUACAAUACAAACAA